AUGACGACGGGCGACUGUGCUCUUUACGCCGAGCUGCUCACCAAUAUCCGCCAAAUUUCCCUAGCCGCAUCUCUACCUUCGCCAUGUGAUGCAUCAACCCAGAUUUCCAUCUCGUCCGAUUGCAGGACGAUCCAGCUCCAACAUCGCGGCAUCACAAGCUCCUUGGUUCUGCCAGCCAAGGUAUCUCGCGGCAGCACGCUGCUCCCAAUCCAAGACAAACAAAAAGGCAGCACAUCAGUCUCAUGGCGUCUCCUUCUCGAUACCGCGGUGGCACCGCAGGCGCAUCAGGUCGAUCAGAUACCCUGGUCGGCCACCGAUUUAGAUCCGAGCUCCGGUGUAACCUGUAGACACUGUACCGCUGGUAUUGUUGGGCAGGGCUCCGUCAAGGUUUGGAAAGAUCUCCCCAGCGAGAACUGGGCCGAGAUGAUGGAAUUUUGGCAUUGUCACAAGCCUGACCAUCAUCACCAUAACCAAGGGAAUGGGACCGGAAAGGCGGAUGAAGCAAGUCUUGCUGCGAGGGGGUACGGCGCUUCCUCCAUUAUAACCGCUCAGACCGGUGUCGGGUUUGUGGAUUUGACAACAUUUUUGUUUGAAGAAAGCGACUGCCGAAACCUGACGUUCUCCCUCUCUACUUAUGACCAAGGUUCCGUGGAUAGGCAAAGCCUACCUCUGGAGACCGAUUCGUCGAAAUUACCCCGUAACCUGAACGUCUUUUGUUCAAGCUGCCGCACCCAGCUGGGGUUCUUCAACUUCCGGAGCUCUGCGGUCACCCUGCUCAAGUGGCAGGUCUCCUGCAGCUCUAUCUCCUCUGCCUCACCCGGCAUCCCAGAGUGCCUAGCAGCCACAUUGAUCUCAACGAUUUCGCGAUCUGGCUCCUCAAAAUCCUUGAUAACCGCCGCAGACGGGGUCACGCCAGGCGAGAGUGACAGCCCUGAGCUAGGGGAAUCGGCCAUCCAUAUCUGGGUACUCAACAGUAGCAUUGUGUAUUCCUCCAGCGGCAUUCCCCAAUCCACGCCAGCCAUUAAACUUCUUUACCGACCGCUGCCUCUGGAGGACGCGGAUAAGAUGCUUGCGAGUGUGACUUGCGAGUCGCAAGAGAUUUGUCUGCCGGCGGCAGCCAGACGAGAGAUUAUCCGACAUCUGGAAGCGAGUAACGGGCUUUUGCCACCCACCGAGCGCAUGUUUAAGGAAUGGAAGGUUGGGCUGUUGACCAGGGGUGAUGGAACCGCAGCGGCGAGGUGA